AUGAAAACUAUCUUCAGUAACCUAUUAUUUGUAGCAAUGGCUGUAGCCGUUGCGUCAUGCGGGGACUGUCCCACGGAUGACACAGAUAUGUUGUUAAAACACGAGGACUGUGACAAAUUCUACCAAUGUACAAACGGAGAAAAAGUGGAAAGACACUGCCCGGAAAAUCUUUACUUUAACGAAGAGGAGGAUAUAUGCGACUGGCCGAAAAAUGUGAAUUGCGCGGGAAGAAAUAUCCCUGUGGUACCAUUGACAAAUGUCAUUGUAGAUUAUACAACAAAUUAA